AUGAGUUUGUUUAGCAAUAAUGCCGGGGGCUCAGGUGGUUUUGGUGCGUUUGGUGCCGCCAACAAUAACAACCAGCAAGCUGGAAAUCCAAGCGUUUUUGGCUCAGGAGGAGCAUUCGGUCAGCCCGCUGCUGCUGCCCCAGGUUUUGGCGCAAAUAAUAACGCAGCCUCAUCGCCGUUUGGCGCCGCGAAGCCCGCCUUUGGCGCUACCAACACUCCUGCAACGGGUGGAAUCUUUGGCAACGCCGCCGCAAACACAAAUACUGGCGGCGGAUUCGGAUUCGGAGCUAAUCAACAGCAACAACCCUCCAACGCCUUUGGAAAUAAUGCAGCUACUACUGGGGGGCUUUUUGGCGGUUCGAAGCCCGCAUUUGGGACAGCUACAACCACAGCUGGGACAGCCGGGGGGUUGUUUGGAGCAACUGCUGGGGCUACCGGUGGUGGUGUUUUUGGGAAUGCUGGAACAAACACUGGCCUAGGCUUUGGUGCUAGUGGAAAUCAGGCGCUGGUUAACGGGACUACUAACCCGCCGUACCAGGCAUUUACAGAGAAGGAGGCUCAGGGAAAUACCACGAACCAUUUCCAGACCAUCGCGUUUAUGCCGGCUUAUGCCAAGUACUCUCUUGAGGAACUGAGAUUACAAGAUUAUGCCCAAGGUAGACGAUAUGGGAAUGAUUCUGGCAGCGGUGGGGGUGGGUUCGGAGGUACUGGGUUUGGGGGUACGUUUGCCAAUAAUACCAACACUGGGGCUUUUGGUGCAACGAAUAAUACUGCUACUGGUGGUGGUCUAUUUGGUAACAAUAACACCAACACAACUACAACGCCAUUUGGAGCCCAGCCGACGAAUAAUGCUUUUGGAGCGAGCAAUACUGCUGCGUCUGGUGGCUUAUUCGGCGCCAAGCCAGCUGCUCCUAGCCUCUUUUCUGGAGCUGCCACAACUACCACCGGAGGAGGGUUGUUUGGGGCGAAUAACAACACUGGAAAUACGGGCGCAUUUGGGAACAAUGCCGCGACAACAGGAUUUGGUACGAAUACCAAUACUGGUGGCGGUUUAUUUGGUAACCAAGCCAACCAGAACAAUCAACAAAAGCCUUUUGCCUUUAGUAAUACUACAACUCCAGGCUUUGGUGCUGCAGCUAAUACGGGAGGUGCAUUCGGAGCCAAUAAUACUGGUGGGGGAUUGUUUGGGAAUAACCAAAACCAACAGCAACCUGCAACGAACACUUUUGGAGGCCAGCAACCGAAUAACACAUUUGGUGCUGGUGCUGCUGGAGCGUUUGGGAAUACUCCUGCACAGAACCAACCAGCGACUGGGUUUGGUGGGUUUGGUCAGCAACCGCAGCAGCAACAACAGAAGCCUGCUUUCGGUGGUGGAUUUGGCACCACCCAGGCGCCAAAUAAUACGACAGCCCAGGGUGGACUUUUUGGAAAUAACCAGGCGCAAAAUGCUGGUGGUUUGUUCUCCAAUCAAUCCAAACCCUUCGGAGCUACAACUACCACUACUCAACCGACGGGCGGUGGAUUGUUUGGAAGCAACCCUACCCCACAAGCGAAUACCGGCGGAUUAUUUGGAAACAAUCAACCCGCUGGAAAUACUGGUGGGGGGUUAUUUGGCAAUCAGCAAAAUACUGGGGCAACGGGUGGUCUGUUCGGGAAUAAUAAUGCGCCUAAGCCGGCCAUUGGGAGUGGUCUUUUUGGCAAUAAUACACAGACAUCAACACAGAAUACGAAUAAUGGCCUUUUUAGUGGUUUGAACACAACUCUUAACACUACACCUGGGUCCCUCUUCAAUAAUAAUCAACAACAGCAACCGCAGCAACAGCAGAUGAAUAACAGCCUCUUCUCAAGUGCAUUUGGUGCAGGGCAACAGGGGCAGCAGCAACAACAGCUUCAGGGCCAGUUUACCACAUCGAUCAAUGAUUCUCCAUAUGGCCUUUCCAUGAUGUCUUCAAUGAACAACUUCCAAGCUGCUCCGGUUGGACCGAUUGCUAGCCCCCUUAGUUCAAGCAUCCAGACCAAGAAAGCCGCGCUGAUCCCACACUACAAGAUCGCCCCUAGACAACCUUCGUUGGCCCCUCGUCUUGGUGGCAGCUUUUCGAGAAGUGGCUCUCCUUUCGCAACUUCUACAUCUGGAAAUACAGCUAGCAGCACGGGAACAAGUCUUUCACGUUCUUUCUCUUCAAGUAACAAGUUGCACCUUUUCGAUAGCGACGAUUCUGUUUUGAGUUCAGGCUCUUUCACGCCAGGCUCUGGUGCCCGUGUUGCCAGUCUUAAGAAGUUAGUCAUUGAUAAGAAGAUUAGGGACCAAGAUUUGUUUUCUGGGGGUCAGGACCUUAGGAAGGAGUCUGCGAAUAACGAAGUCAUGAAGGGUAACGGCACAAAGAGUAUUCUGAAGAAAACUGUUAGCUUUGACGUUGCUACAAGCAAGGGAACCAAUGCCGAUUUCUUCAGUGCAAAUGGCCAACCUUCGAGAGAGACUACCGGCCCAACACCCUCUGCUGAAGAGAUGGGGUUUUUAAGAAGUCCGUCACGCAGAAGUAUAGAUGGCCUGUCCAAUGGUGCUUCUUCUUCUAGUGCGCCAGAAGCUCAGCCUGAGUCUAGCACCGCCCUUGCCGUUGUCGAAAAGCCUGCGGAGGAUAAAUCUCAUGGUAGCUACUGGAUGGUUCCCAGUGCUCAAAAGCUCAAGGGAAUGACAAAGGAGCAGCAGACGAAAGUGAUUGGAUUGACUAUCGGACGCCGUGGAUACGGCAAAAUUAGAUUCGAUAAUCCUGUCGAUAUCACUGAUCUUGAUCCCGAGGAAAUCCCUGGUAAAAUUGUAGUCUUUGAUCUCCGGGUCUGCACAGUUUACCCCGUAGGCGUAAUGGACAAGGCGCCCCCAGGAUAUGGUCUCAAUGUUCCUGCCACAAUUACCCUGGAGGAUUGCUAUCCUAUUUCUAAGGACGAACGUGGGAAAAUCAAGGAUCCUGAACACCCAAGGUACAGCAGUCAUAUCCGCCGAUUGCAAAACAUCAAGGAUACCGAAUUUGUCGACUAUCUCGCCGAUGAAGGCAUCUGGAUUUUCAAAGUUCAACAUUUUACCACGUAUGGAUUAGUGGAUAGUGAUGAUGAUGAGGGUGAUGAGGGCGAUAUUACAUAUGAUGAAUCCAUACUACGCGAGAGGAAAGCUGCCGAGAAAGCUACCGAAGACCUCACUCCUACUAGAAGCACAGCUUCUUCAUAUUUUGAUCGAGAGGAUAGCAUGGAUGCAUCAGAUGCGGAUGCGAGUGGCAUGGAUACUGGAGUAUUUGACGAUACUUUUGAUUUCAAACGGUUAUCAAAUGGUAGAAAUGCUCGUAAUGAUGGAUUUCCCACGUCUUUUUUAGGUGGAGAUGAAACCGAAGCCACUUUCGACACUUAUGACGAGGAGGAGGAAGAGGAGGAGGCCGACACUACGAUGGCUGGCGAGUCUUUUUUAGGGGAAGGCUCCGUAGGUAGCGUCGAGGAAGAAGACGAGCCUGCGGAGCCUGCUUCGGAGGAGGAGUACUUGGAGGAUGAGACUGCUCAAGACCUGACAGUCGUUUACGAGGAGGAUGAAGAGGAUGCCACAGUGGGAUAUACCAAUCCCGCAGAAUCUAGUAUGAUUGAAAGUGCGACAAAGGAAGUGGAUUUUCAUAGCAACCAAAGGGCCUUACCUCUCGGUAACGACUGGACUGAGCAGUUGAAUGCAACAAUCAGCCCGGUGAAGAAAAGAUUUGGAGGAACGAACUUUUUUUCCCCCUCAAAGACUGAGAGAACUAGCCCAGUAAAAAAGUUGCAACCUCUGAAUUAUGGCGUGUUGGAUUUGGCGAAUGAUCUUUAUGGUGGCUCUUCUGAUAUCAACGGUGGCACAAAAAAAGAAAAUGGGGUAUUUUCAAGAGCGUGGGAUAAAAUUGAGUCUCCUAAGUCUUCACGGUAUCAACAAAAUCGAUCGUCAACUGCGAAAAGGCUUGAUCUCGAAGAUGAGAAUGCCUUAGAUCGGAGCUGGCGAAAGGCUGUAAGGCCAGCUUGGGGGCAUGAUGGAACACUUAUUUUUGUGGGCGAGCUUGAAGGCUUGAGGCAGACUAGGAGGAAAGGCGGUGAUACUGACCUCAAGGCUGCAAGGUUGAAAUUUCCUGUUCAGGAUUCUGAGUCGCAGGUUGCCCCUAAGCCCUUGGAACUUCAAUUCAGGGCAAGCACCAUCAAGCUAGAUGAGUAUGGUGUCCCUGUAGCUGUAUUGGAUGACCGAACACUAUUCCAUCACUUCACGGAGCUCCCUUGGGCACAAGACGCGGCAAGUCAACAUGAGAAGAGCGUCUGGGCGCUCGCCAGCGUUCUUUGGGACCCGAUUGACGAUGCCAACCCUGACGGCGAAAACGAUCACCGGCUGAAUUACAUGCGCGAGAAACGUCGUAAAGAGAAAUUGUCGAAAUUUUUGGAAGAAUUAGUUGAAGCCGAUGCCGACGAUCAUGCGCAUAAAGCUUCCACUCUUGAAGAGACUGCAUUUGCCCAUUUAACCGCACAUCGCGUUGAACAGGCCUGCGCAGCUCUUCUAGAAGCUGGCGAUUUCCGGCUCGCAACUCUACUUCCUAUGGUUGGUGGUGACGCUAUUUCUAGGGAGCUGAUUAAGAAACAAAUCAAUGAGUGGCGGAAGAAGGGUGUGCUUGCAGAAAUUCCGAUAGCAAUCAGAGCACUCUACGAGCUUUUAUCUGGGAACACCUGCUUCUCCGAAGGCGUCAAAGCGCCACAGGAAGAUGCUGCUCAGGAAUUCUUUCUAACUCAGAAGUUUGGCCUUGACUGGAAGCGUGGGUUUGCCCUGAAGCUAUGGUAUGGGUGUGCGGAAGAGGAUGGAAUUGGUAGUGCUGUAUCUGCAUAUGAACGAGAGAUGAACCAAUGGCCUGGAAACGUUCCGGCUCCACUUCCUUGGUACCACAGCAUCUCUCAAUCUGAUAACUAUGACAUUCUUGAUAUUCUCUGGGGAUUGUUGAAAAUCUAUGCCGACACCAAGUUUAAUUUGGAGGAUGCCCUUUCACCGAAAAGUAUAGCCUUCAGCAAUCUCAACUACAGACUUAGUUGGCAACUUAGAACAAUUUUUGCACGCAAAGGAAUUAGAGAUUUUGAUGGCGGGAAAGUACAAUUUUUGGAUGAUGGAAGUGAAGAGUACGCGCCCGGCCCAAUAGCGGACCAAGUUACCAUUGAUUUCGCCGGAGGUCUUGAAAUUGGGGGGUUGUGGGAGUGGGCAAUUUUCGUACUACUACACCUGAUCGAUACGGAUAGUAGAGAAACUGCCAUCAGAAAUGUACUGGGGCGACAUCUCGACGAGCUUGUGGAAGUUGAAGGGCCAGAGGUGGCAAAGAAACUUGACUUCUUGGAGAAGAAUUUACUAAUUCCUCAAAAAUGGAUUUUUGAAGCGAGAGCCCUCAAAGCUCGGCAUUCUGGAGAACACCUCAUUGAAGCAGAAUAUCUUCUCUCCGCUCAAGCGUGGAACGAAGCCCACAAAACUGUUAUCGAACAAGUCGCCCCCGAAGCUAUCAUUUCGGGUGAUCUUGAACAACUCAAGGCUAUCUUGGCAAAGUUUGAAGAUGUUAAUUUGGUUAAAACCUGGGGCCUUGGUGGACAAGUCUAUUUGGAUUACAUCACUCUUGUAGAAUUCGUACAGGGUGGUGGAUCUACGUCCAGACCGGUGGUUAUAAAAACCGAACAAAAAGGCUUGCCUGCGAAGAGUGGGAUCACCGAUGUCGCAAAACGCCUUUUAGUCAGUUUGGGGAGCGCGGAUAGGAAGCUUUUCUUACAGAACGUUGCUAUCCGCGAGAUGGCAGGUGUUGUUGGAUCCUGGGUGCUGAAGAGUGACGAUGAACCUGAGUCACGCAUAUUACAAGGCGAAGUUGCAGAAGGUUCUUUGAGUGGCCGAGCAAUGUGGGCAGGAUUGGUAGGGUUUGUGUAUCUAUUUUCCUUUUUGAAAGAUGGAGUUUCUUGUUCAGGAUGUGGUUGA